GACAAGGUACUACUGUCUCAGGUUAUAUUUAUAGCUUGCUGGCGGUAUAUUCUGCUGUGAUUGUAAAGCACGUAACAGAGGCUAUUAUAUUUUUCUCGUUAAUAUAAGCACGAUCCGAUGAUCACUUGCGCAAAUAGACCGGCGGACGUGACUCCGCUUAGUCCAUCGCGGGACGCAAGCAACGUGGUUUCAACGCCGCUGGACCACGAACAUGAUUUCGUCGUUCCCAUGGAAGCUCUGGACGAAAACGUCGACCCUGUACGCAAGUCGAGGAAAACUCGGCGCGGGAAGAAACGUAAAUCGGGCUCCCGUCAAGCAGACGGUCAUCUGUCUUCGGAAUCGGAUUCGCCUAAAAAGCCGAGGCAGCGAAAGCGGCAGGUUAUGAUCAGGCCCUCGGACGUUCCCAAGGCUCCAGCUAAUUUUACCCAGUUCAUUAUCGACGAUCACGAAAACUGCGCCCUGUACAGAAGUUUCGAGACGAAUAUAGCGCCCGAUUCGACUGCAUCGGAUCACGAAACAUUCUCACUUGUACAGGACACGGUUGGUUCCCAAGAGUCAGACGACGAAGAUCGGUAUGAAUAUUUGGAUUACGGAAAUAUGGUUGCCUUCUACGAGAAAGAUUUUGAAGCCGUGUACAGCGACGCAAGGGUUGACGAACUGCUCCAGUUGUCACAAGACCAAAUGGCAGCUAUGUAUUCCGAUCUGGAGCAGAAGGCAACGGCGUUGCGCGACGAACUGGAAAAGUGCAAUCCUCAACACCGCUUGGAAGAUUUGCAGAGACAACUUCUCGAUCUGCAGGAAGAAAAUCGAGCGCUCCGGUUGCUGAACCGGAAAUUAAGGAGUGCGGCCGAGAUUACGACUUCAUCGUCUGAACCAAGCGAUGAUCGGGACCCGUGUGCGGAUGGUUUCGAACCGCAGUUAGCACAAAUGUAGUUGGACCAAUUCUCUCUUACUUUUUUUUUUUUUUUUCAUUCGUUGUGCUUCAUCUCUGUACAUACUUUUGACGCGCUCAUCUGUAAAUUUCAUUUUGGAACUCUAGUCUACUGUGAACGAGGAAAAAGAUAUGUGCAUACCGAGCUUGGAGAGUGUGGAACUAUUUUAUCCUUAUUUAAUAUACUAUUAAAACGAGGUUUAUGUCCGUCCUGUGACGGUUCGCAGA